AUGGUGGUUAAGGCGGUGCACUGGUUCAGGAAGGGCUUGAGGCUGCAUGAUAACCCCUCACUCCAGGAUUGUGUAGUAGAAGCAGACACGUUACACUGUUUUUACAUACUUGACCCCUGGUUUGCAGGUUCAUCUAACGUGGGAAUUAAUAGAUGGAGGUUUUUAUUGCAGUGUCUGGAGGACCUGGAUGCCAGCCUUUGCAAACUCAACUCUUGCCUGUAUGUUAUAAGAGGCCAGCCCACUGACAUCUUUCCCAGACUUUUCAAAGACUGGAAGAUCACGCGUCUGUCAUACAAGUAUGACUCUGAACCAUUUGGGAAAGAGCGGGAUGCAGCCGUCAAGAAACUGGCCGACGAGGCAAAUGUGGAGGUCACAGUUAGAAUCUCCCACACACUCUAUGAUCCAGGGAAAUGAGAUGAGCUGAAUGGUGGGCAGUCACCCCUCACCUAUAAGCACGUUCAGAUGAUAAUCAAUAGAAUGGAUGCUGUAGAAAUGCCAGCAGAGACUAUUACUGCUGAGAUAUUAAGCAAGUGUACCAUGUCUGUUGGUGAUGACCAUGAUGAGAGGUUUGGUGUACCCUCACUAGAGGAGCUUGGCUUUGAGUUGGAGGGUCUACCAUCUGCUGUGUGGCCAGGAGGAGAAACUGAGGCUCUGACUCGUCUGGAGAGACACUUGGAGAGAAAGGCAUGGGUGGCUAACUUUGAGCAUUCUGGGAUGAAUGCAAAUUCGUUACUGGCCAGCCCUACAGGUCUGAGUCCUUAUCUUCGCUUUGGCUGCCUCUCCUGUAGACUCUUCUACUUUAAACUCACAGAUUUGUACAGAAAGACUGGCAGUUCAGACAAGGAGGCAACAAAAGGAGUGGACAUUGGGCUGUUGAUUGUUGUUGAGGAAGGUGCAAGAAAACAGGAGUUGCUGGCAAAGGAGAGAGCAAUGAAAACCUUGGAGGAGGAGCUGAAGGAUAUCCUCUCCAAUGCCUUGCCAACCAUUUCUGAAGCUGUUCAACAGCUUGUGAUUGACAAGCUGAUAAACUGUGGUUUAGACUCAAAAGAAGACCUCAAGUAUGUAAAACAAGAGGACAUUGAAGACUUACUUCCUGUUAUCGACCCCUUCGCAUGUUUGUAA